UUUCGUUUGCGCCUGGUCUCGUCUGGUUGUCUGCUUGGGCAAUUCGGCGACUACAGUAUAGAAAACGUGCUGUGCAGUGUUAUUCCAAAAUAGCAAGCAAAGAUGAAAGUCACCCUGGCAAUAGCGACUUUCUGCGUGGUGAUGGCCUGCAGCCAUGCGGCCAGAACCACCACAACCACAGCGACCAAGCCGGGUCGCUUCCUCUCACUGCCCGUGCCCGCCAAGUGCGCUAGCCGUCCCAAGGAGUUCUCCUACCGCGGCAAAAACAUGUUCCUAACCACCCACGUGCCCGCCCUGGCCAACAAGAAGGUCGACUGGCUGGAUGGCCGCAAUCUGUGCCGCGAGUACUGCAUGGACCUGGUCGCUUUGGAGACCCAGGAGAAGAACAACUUGAUCUUCCGCGUCAUCCAGCAGAACGAUGUGCCGUACAUCUGGACGGCCGGACGUAUCUGUGACUUUGCUGGCUGCGAGAACCGUCCGGAUCUGGAGCCGAAGACCGUCUACGGAUGGUUCUGGUCCGCAACUCGCGAGAAGAUCCAGGCCACCAACCGCAUCCCACAGGGCUGGGGCUACAAUCCCUGGUCGCAGACUGGACACAAGAAGCGCCCGCAGCCGGACAACGCCGAGUACGACAUCAACCAGACCAAGGAGCAGUGCCUGUCCGUGCUGAACAACGUGUACAACGAUGGCAUCGCCUGGCACGACGUUGCCUGCUACCACGAGAAGCCCGUCAUCUGCGAGGACAACGAGGAGCUGCUGCGCUAUGUGGCGGCCACGAAUCCCGGUAUCCGUCUAUAGAGCGGAUAACGCUGGGCGUUCGCUGUUUGCCUAAUUUUAAAGCUACUUAUUAUAAUAUUCCUUAAACGAGUUUUUGUAUAAUUUUUGUUUGUAUGUGUACGACGAAAACGGAAGAAAGCAAGACAAAUAGACUUUAGAAUUUACAAUUUCCGAUCCUACCACCCCACCACCACCACAACUUCUACACGAUACUGUCAUCACACCUUAGCACACACUUUCUCCUUCUUUCACACUUCGAAACUGCCAAUUUUACGCGUAGAAUGCCAUUCCGUUGUAAUCAAUUGAGUCGUUUUCAGAUCGCACCUUAAAUAUUUAUAAGCAAUCCUAAAUUGCAAAGUGUUUCGCUCUGACCCUCUGUCUAUCAUUCAGGCAAGAAAUUCGGAAUCUCUUUAGUAUUUUGUUUGAGACACUCAUGUUUUGUCCACAAAGAGAUUGAAUAAAAUUUUGUAAAGAUCCCAUAAAAAACUUGAA